AUGGUACAACAUCUGCAAAAAUUGGACGAAUUGUUGAGUGACAAACGGAAUUAUUUAGCGUCUUAUGAUGAAGCGAAAAAGUUGCUUGCUGAAAAUGAGAAUGACGUCGAGGUGGCGUGGAGGUGGAUUCAGGCUUGUCAUCAGAAAGCACUCGCUCUCACGGUUUUUGCUGACAAAAAAGUGGCCCUGAUUGAAGGCCGUGAACUGGCCCAACGCCUCGUCGUGAAUUUCCCCGAGCAUGGACAGCUGCUAAAAUGGGCGGCUAUGACGACAGGAAAAUCCGUGGAAUUUGUCGGCCUAACAGAUAAAGUUCGACAAGGAAAAAUAUUUAAGGAAUACCUUGAUCGUGCCUCCAAAUUACUACCGGAUGAUCAUCGCCUCCUCCACCUUCGGGCUCGAUACAAAUUCUCGAUGUCGCAGAUGAGUUGGAUCGAGAGGAAGGCAGUAAAUGCUCUCUUCACUGACCCUCCGAAUUCCACGAUCGAGGACGCGCUGGCAGAUUUUUUGGAGCUUCACGAGAAAGAACCACUUUGGCUGGAUAACCUUCUAUACCUCGGGAAAUGCUACAGCGUCAUAAAGGACAAGGCAAAAGCCGCCGAAUUUUUGGAAAAAUGCCUCACCCAACCGGCGAUUGAUGAUGAGGACGAGCACCACCAUAAAGAAGCUAGGGAAUGCCUGUCAAAAUUAAAA